AAGGGGGGGGGGGCUGUGAUUUAUUUUCACCUGCAAAUAUAGAAAGGCAAUUUCCCGCUCUUUAAGAUUUCCUAUUCCUCCUCUUUAUAUAUGUCCCACUGCUUUUAAACCAAGCCAGAAACUCAGUGAUCCCAGAGAUGCCACUAGUAAGGCAGAUGAGCUGUAUCUGUAGGGAACAUGAACCAGUUUAAGACCAUUAUCAAGGUGACCACGGAGGCUGCCUCUUACCAGUUGGCACAGACAGCUUAGCGGGGAGGGGAGACGGCGAGGCAGCUCAGCCUCAAACCCUCCGUGCUUUCUGCAAAGCAGUCAUCCCUCCGAUGCCCAAACUUUGCAGGGCGGAGGCUGCCGGGGCGGGAGCGGGGCUGUGGGAGCAUCACUGCUGCGGGAUGCUGGCGGUGGGAUCGAUGAUGUCCUCCCCGCUCCCGGCAGCGCCCGCGAUGUGAUUCCUGCCUGCCGGCGGCUCCGCUCCCAGACAAAGGCUGAGCUCAGCGCCCGCGGGCGGCUGGACCCGGGCUGCUCCCCGCCUUCCCCUGCACCUCCCCGCGAACAUCCAGCAGACGGAUCAAAGCUCAUCUUUUGUCAUCGAAGGGAUUAACUCCCCGGGGAGCAGCGGCGGAGGCUGAGCCUACGCUGCCGGCACGCAUCGCCUGCUUCCCAGCACGCUCAGGAGUUUCGGAGCCAACCUCCCGGCAGCUAAUCCCCCUCGCUGCCGGGGCCGGGAGGCUGGGAAGAGCCGGCAGGUGAAGGGGCAGGAGGGCAGAGAGCGGGGAGGAGUGUCACACGCACCGGGCAGCGGCAGCGGAUCGGCGGCUGCGUGCGGGAGCUCCGCGGGGACCCAGCCCGCAAUGAAACAGGCUGGAGCAUCAGGCGGGAGGAUCUGUGCGCUUGGAAAAGUCUUUAAGGUAAAACCCGACACCGACCGCUCCUGGACUGGGCUGGGGACCGGGUGCUGAGCUCUCUGCCGGCAUGCUCGCUGUCUCUGACUUGGUUCUGUCUUUAAAGGAAUCGAUCGGGAGAUGCCGGUAGAAGAAGUUGCAGAAAGCCAAGCCGGAAUGGCCGGGAGCUGCGCGCCGCCGGCCCGGUCGCACGCCGGGGCAGCUGAACUUUGUGGGGUCUGAGCAUUCUGAACAUUCUGCGAACGCUCUGGGCAGCGCUAACGGGAGAGCCAGGAGCGCACCGCGCACCCCGAGCCUGGGGCAGAGCCACGCGGGGAUUUCUGUCUCUCCAAGGACCAUCGCCUCUGAAAAAGAAAAAAAAGCUGGAGAAGGGCAAUUUAUCUUUCUUUUCCAGAUGACUGAAAAUAUCUACCGGGUCCUGUCUCUCUGGUUUUCAUCGGUGAGUAGCAUAAGGGACAGGCGGCUGAGGAACAAAAAUGAUAUCGGUCAAAAUCAUUCCAGCACCUACUUUUUACUAAGGAACUUCAUGCCCGUAGGGGUUUUCUGGAGGCAUUUCCAGGAGUGAGACGAGGUACCACAGAUGCAUCCCUACGGGAUCAUGUAAGAAUUUGCAAAUGAGAAACGUACCCCAUCCCGACCUUCUCUGCCCGCUUUGCAGUACAUGGUUUGGUGUAAGCACAGCAAUUCUCACCUCUUUCUCUCCCUUUUAAGUCUCUUGAGCUUGGAGACCUCUUUCCUCAUUGCAAUUAUGAUUAUUUGCAACAUCAGUGCCAUCAAAGAUUGGAGCACUUUCCUUUCCCAAAUCCUCCCCAGCGUUAACAAGACUCUGAACUUGGUACAGCAAGUGGAAGCCACCACCAGCUCGGUGGUGAGUGUCCUCCAGGACCCCGAACAGGACAGCUACCUGUCCAAUAGCCAGUCCAUGAACUCCAGCAACUUCACAGCUGGCCUGGACCACUUGUUCCAGUACUCAUACUCGGACAAUGACCAGCUCUACAAGGAGUACAAGCCCCCUCCUCGAGACGCCAUUCCUCUGCCCAAGGCUGUCCUCUACCUCCUCAUGGCAGCCCUGGUGGUGGUGGCAGUGGCGUAUGCCAUCGUCGGGCAUCUCAUCAAGGACCUCAUUUACGACUUUGUAGAGUGGAUCUUUGGCCCCAGCCCGGAUGACAACAGCAACAAGAGCGACAUCAACUGCAUCAGCAACAGCGUCAACGAGAUGAGCGAGAUGCCCGAGGCGCCGCGGCACCGGGAGCGGCAGCCCCAGGACGUGGUCAUCGCCAUCGGCGAGAGCUGCCACCUGCCCCAGCAGACGUGACCGGCGCCAGGCCGGGCCGGGCGGGAUGGAGCAGCGGGAUGGAGAGGAGGCAUGGAGCAGAAGGAUGGAGCAGUGACACAGUGCAGCAGCCGCCUCGCAGGGCCGGGCAGGGAGAGCAAGGGAUGGGCAGAGCCGGCGCCGUGGAGCAAAGCCCUUCUCCCCCUGGUUUUACCAGCCUGGAAGGACCUUGCGGGGGUGGGUGGCAUCACCCUCUCUCCCAGGCUUGUCAGCCCUGUCCUGACGUCUGCCCUUGGGUUUGUGACCCCCUCUUUGUUCCCUGUGAAUAGCAAAAAAGAAAAAGCAAAUGCAAAAUACACCCACCAGACAAAGCUUGCAAGAGAAAUGAGCUGCAGAGAGGCCGGGCAGUCCUUUGGCGUGUGGCUGUCCAGGGGCAUGGGAAUGGGGUGGGGAAAAGGGCAAAGGAGACAAGGAGGCUGCAGAGAAAUGUGGUUGUCUGCAUUUCUGGGGACAGGGCCAGGACACAGCAGGGAGCUGGGAGCUGCAGAAAGGCACAGAAAGGUCAGCAGGGGCCAAAUCCCCCAGUACACUGGUGAUCUGCCUGGGCCAUCACUCCUGCCUUUAGCUUUGCAGCUCCAGCUCGCAGCCCUUUUCAGCAGCGUGUCCUGUGGCUCUGGGGCAGCAGGGUGACAGCCCAAACUUCCCAGGGAGCUUUAUUCCUCUAGGCCUGUAGCCAAGCCAGGGCCAUCACAUUCCCUCCACCACAUCUCUGCUUGAGCCCAGAGCCCCCUGACAGGGAGCAGCCCUGUUGGGACCAGGUUCAAUCCCUUUUUCUGAGGAAUGUUGCUGGAGAGGAGGACAGGGAUUCAUCUGCAUGAAAUCCAAACUCUUCAUGGGGGAAAAUAGCCCUUGUAUGUCUGCAUCCUUCAGACUCAUCCCAGAAUUCCUGCCACUCCAAGGGGUGCUGGCUCUGUACUGGGGUCAGCCCCACGUGCAUUGAUGGAGCAGGGACACCUCCCUCUUCUCCCUGGACACUUCCUCUUCCCAGCCAGAGCACCACCAACCAAAACUGCCCUUCUCUGUGCCCAAAGACAUUCUUUCCCAUUUGUAACUCCAGGCAGAUCCCUGCUCCUCGCUGUUGAAGGGGCUGUGGGGAAGCCAGCAACAGCAAAUGUGUGGGGGAAGCUACCAAACCAUGUGGGGAAAGGAGCAUCCUGAUGGCUUCAAUGCUGUUUUAUGAUCAGCUUUUAAAAACCUCAAUAUGGGUUUUAAACCAG